GCGGCUGGGCCUACGGCGCCACGAGCGCUGUUGAGGCGCCUGUUGGCUGCCGGCAUCGACGAGGAGUUCAGAGAGGGGAAGGAGAGCUUGGUAUCCCGCGCCCUGGGAGACUUGGCUUUCCUCCUGGAUCGCCGAGAGUUCGUGCCCUUCUUCACGAGGAAGGUUUGGCUAGGCAACGGCGGUGCUCCAAGAACGGGACGCGGAACCGGCAAGAGGAGUGGUUUCAGCAAGCGCUACUGGAUCCGAUACAAGGAAACCUUCUAUCCGAACACCAAGAAAAUGGGGACGCCUCACUGCGACAAGAACGACUGA